AUGUCUACCCCAGUCUCUCCGUCGCCCUCCCUCUCUCCGCUUGCCCUGUCCUCCCCAUCUCCUUCCUCAUCCCCCCUGCCCUCCCCUCUCUCUCCUCCUCCCCGUGUGCCUGUGUUCCAGAGGAAAGGAGCGCUCAAACACAAACGUAUUGUGGAGGUGAAGGAUCAUCAGUUCACCGCACGCUUCUUUAAACAGCCUACCUUCUGCAGCCACUGCACUGACUUUAUAUGGGGAAUUGGAAAACAGGGUUUCCAGUGUCAAGUUUGUAGUUUUGUUGUUCACAAACGGUGCCAUGAGUUUGUCACCUUUACGUGUCCUGGAGCUGUGUCCGGCCCUAAAGCAGAGGAUCUGAAGAGUAAACACAAGUUUAAGAUACACACCUACUCCAGUCCUACGUUUUGUGACCACUGUGGGUCUCUACUCUAUGGACUCAUUCACCAAGGAAUGAAAUGCAGCAGCUGCGAUAUGAACGUCCAUAAACGUUGUGAGAAUAGCGUGCCCAGCCUCUGUGGACACGACCACACAGAGAAAAGGGGGCGGAUCCACCUGAGUGUACGAGGAGAGAGGGAGGAGCUAUAUGUCACAGUGUACGAAGCUCAUAAUCUGAUCCCGAUGGAUCCAAAUGGGUUGUCAGACCCAUAUGUGAAACUCAAGCUCAUUCCUGAUCCAAAGAGCCAGAGCAAACAGAAAACCAGAACCAUCCGCUCAACCCUUAAUCCCGUCUGGAACGAGAGCUUCACCUUCUCCGUGAAGGGACGGCAGUGGGACAGGCGUUUGUCUAUAGAGGUCUGGGACUGGGAUCGCACGUCUCGGAAUGACUUCAUGGGUGCCUUGUCGUUCGGAGUGAGCGAGAUAUUCCGGCGUUCUGUGAACGGAUGGUUCAAACUCCUCAACCAGGAGGAGGGAGAGUAUUACAAUAUACCAGUGCCUGAUCCAGACCUGCAGGAGCCGGCACCUCCAGACUCUUCCUCUGUUCCGUCCACCCCUGUUGCUGCCUUGUCACCGGCGCCAGUCCCAGCAGUGACUCCGCCCACUUCAGCCCCACCCCCUCCUGCGAUUCUGUCUCCAGGGAAACGAAAAAUCAGCAUGCAUGAUUUCAACUUCCUCAUGGUACUGGGGAAAGGUAGCUUCGGCAAGGUCCUGCUGGCUGAAGAGAGAGGAAGUGAGCGUCUGUUUGCGGUGAAAGUGUUGAAGAAGGACGUGUUGUUUCAGGACGAGGACACAGAGAGCGCCAUGGUGGAGAGAAGAGUUCUCGGCCUGAGUGGGAGGCCACACUUCCUAACCGCUCUCUACUGUGCAUUUCAGACAGAGGACCGCCUGUACUACGUAAUGGAGUAUGUGAAUGGAGGAGAUCUGAUGUUUCAUAUUCAAAUUGUUGGAAAAUUCAAAGAACCUCACGCAGCGUUUUAUGCUGCAGAGAUUGCAGUGGGUCUUUUUUUUCUCCAUAACAAAGGAAUCAUCUACAGAGAUCUGAAGCUGGAUAACGUGCUGUUGGACAGUGAGGGACAUAUAAAGAUCGCCGACUUCGGAAUGUGCAGAGAGGGAAUGCUGGAAGGAGACACCACCCGCACUUUCUGUGGAACGCCAGAUUACAUCGCUCCCGAGAUCGUGGCGUACCAGCCCUACGGGAAAGCUGUGGACUGGUGGUCAUAUGGAGUUCUUCUCUACGAGAUGUUGGCUGGACAGCCUCCGUUUGAUGGCAUUGAUGAAGAAGAACUGUUUCAGUCCAUCAUGGAACAGAGCGUGUCCUAUCCCAAAAGCCUCUCUCGCGAGGCAGUAGCCAUCUGCAAGGGGCUCAUGACCAAGAACCCGGCGAAGCGUCUGGGCGGAGGGGAGGAUGCGGAGCGAGAGAUAAGGGAACAUCCGUUUUUCCGCUGGAUUGACUGGGACCGACUGGAGAGGCUGGAGAUUCAGCCUCCGUUUAAACCCAGAACUGGGGGGCGAAAGGGUGAGAAUUUCGACAAGUUCUUCACGGCGGCACCCUCGGCUCUCACGCCGUCCGACCCCGACGUCCUUGCCGCCAUCGAUCAGGACGACUUCCAGGGUUUUUCCUACAUCAACCCGGAGUACCCGCUCUCUCCCCUGACCGCUGUUUAA